AUGGUCCCCAGAGAAGAACUGCAGCACACAGGGAUGGUCCAGCUCCUCUUGCAUUUCCAGUGGACCUGGAUUGGGACCGUAACUGGAGAUUAUGACCUGGGAGAUAAGUUUCUGCAGACCUUCUUACCUAUGCUUUCCGAGAAAAAUAUCUGUGCAUUCAACUGUGUGUUUGAGGACUCCUCUGAGACACUGAAAAGCAGUGAUAUUUGUACAGGGGAAGAGAAACUGGAGAGCUUACCUGGAAUUUUCUUUGAAACAAGUAUGACCAGCUUCAGCUACAGUGUCUACAAUGCAGUGUAUGCCAUAGCACAUGCUUUACAUAAGGUUUAUGGGUACAGGGGAAAACUGGGAUUAAAGGAAGACAGAGGAAGAGUGGAUUUUCCACAUCCUCAACCCUGGCAGCUGUACAAAAAGGAAGGGGAGAGUGAAAUGGAAACACUGCAGUACAAUGCACAGAAACAGAGGGCAGACAUCAGGUAUCCCCAAUACUAUGAAGAUCACAAAAAUAUUAGAGAGCUUUUAGAGGAAGAAGUAAAACUUUACCGAAACCAGGAGGUGAUGCCCUGGGCUGUGUGUAAUGACAACUGCCAUCCAGGCUACUACAAACAUAAGAAGGAGGGAGAGCAGUUCUGUUGCUACAAUUGUGUUCCAUGUCCAGAAGGGAAGAUUUCUGACCAGAAGGAUAUGGACGACUGUUUCAAAUGCCCAGAAGAUCAGUAUCCCGAUGUGAACAGAGAUCAAUGCCGUCCCAAACUUCUGAACUUCCUCUCUUUCUCAGAACCUUUAGGGAUCACUUUAGUGUUCUUGGCACUGUCUUUUUCUCUGAUGACAUCUUUGGUGCUGGGAAUUUUCAUCAAAAACAAGGACACGCCCAUCGUCAAAGCCAACAAUCGGGACCUCAGUUACUCUCUACUGAUUUCCCUCCAGCUCUGCUUUCUUUCUUCCCUGCUAUUCAUUGGCAGGCCUCAGCCAGUGACUUGCUUCUUACGACAAACCGCUUAUGCCAUCUCUUUCACUGUGACAAUUUCAUGUGUGUUGGCAAAAACAGCCACUGUGGUUGUGGCGUUCAUGGCCACCAAGCCGGGGAGCAGGCUGAGGAAAUGGGUGGGGGGAAGACUCACAAACUCGAUUCUUUGUUGCUCCCUCAUUCAGGCCAUCCUUUGUACUUUCUGGCUUUGUACUUCUCCUCCAUUCCCAGAUGCUGACAUGCAUUCUCUCUCGGAAGAAAUCAUCAUAGGAUGCAACGAGGGGUCGGUCGUCAUGUUUUAUAGCGUUCUGGGGUACCUGGGACUUCUGGCUAUGGUCAGCUUCACUGUGGCUUUCCUAGCCAGGAAGUUGCCAGAUUCUUUCAAUGAAGCCAAGUUCAUUGCUUUCAGCAUGCUGGUCUUUUGCAGUGUUUGGCUGUCCUUUGUUCCCUCUUAUCUGAGUACCAAGGGCAAAUACAUGGUGGCUGUGGAGAUCUUUGCCAUUUUGGCCUCUGGUGCUGGGUUAACAGCUUUCAUUUUUUUCCCCAAGUGCUACAUAAUUGUUGUGAAGCCUGGCUUGAACCACAAGGGCCAACUUAUGAAGAGAAAUAAGUAG